CCCCUGGCGGUAGACAGACUGACAGACUACAGUGUAAUCACCUGUAACUCCGCUGCCCACGCUGACAUGUGGAUGACCUUCCCAAAACGGCCCCAAAACAAGCUGGUUAACAAGACAACAUCUGUCUUCUAAUCUCAUAUCGAACAUAUGUCAUUUUUAACAAACCAAUGUUGUGUCAUUGACGGACAGACGGGUUCGUAGUCUGAGACUUGAAUCGUGAAUGGAGAGAUGUGGUGCUACCAAAAACCGGGGUAUGAAGCCCUCCUCCUCGCCGAGCUGCAAAGACAGCAGCAGUGUAGCCAGUUCUGUGACACAGUGCUCAAGACUGAAGGUGUUUCUGUGCCCACACACAGUUGUAUUCUAUCAGCUAUCAGCCCCCAAAUCUCCUCCUCUCUGUCCUCCAUGUCACCGCCCCUUGCAGGACGGAGUCACUUACUGGAGUUCCGGGCUUUGGGUGCCAGUACCCUCCUUCAACUAGUCAGACUGCUGUACUCAGGAGAGAUGGUAGGGGAGGGGGAGGAGGAGAGGCAGGAGGCUGUUUCUGCUGCAGCAAGGCUGGGCAUUCACGGGCUGGUGGAGGUCACGAAAGGCCGAAAUGAGGCAGCAGAAGGCCAGCACAAGGAGGUAGGAGUGCAGACGGAGCCACUGAUUCCUGUGGAAAAUGAAGAGAGAUGGGGCAGGUGGAGGAGAGAAGAGAGGGAUGGAGACACUUUUCUGUGGAGAGAGACAUUGUCACAAGGUGAAAGAGACACAUGGACUCAGACAGAGGUAAAAACAGCUCCUCCCUCUCACCAAGCAGCCUCAUUUGAGACCAUCGAUAUGGGUGCUCUUCAGACAUUAGGACAGACAGACCCUCCUAUCCAUCAGACUCAAAUUCCCUACAUCCCAGUUUCCCUCAUCUACCCACCAAAUGGAAUCCAAAACCAAGUGAACCCAUGUGCUGACCCUAAGACCUGGUGGGCUGGUGCAGCAGCUGAAGAAUUAGAGGAUGAGCGGUUUGAACAGUUUCAAGGCAACAUCCCAGGAUACAUCAGCUACUUCCUGAAUCCCCACAAGGAGGAGGGCCAAAGAAGAGGGAGACCACGAGGUAGUCGGGCAGCAAGAAGUAGAGGUGCCAGGAGAGCUGCGGCGGGGGGGAGGGGAGCCAGUAGACCACAAGCAUGUUCAGGAGGAAGGGCGAGGGGAAGAGGGAGGGGAGGGUUAACGCAGACUGUGGACGUGCAGACCGUGGGGGUGAGCAAGAUUCAGAAAAUGUACCUGCAGAGGUGGGGGAUACGGACACCCAGGGCCGGGCAGGGCGGCGGCGCUGUCGGCAGGGGGUUGUACCUGAAGACCAGAGAGCUUCUGAGGCAAACCAAGAAAUGUCCGAGGAAUAGGAGGAAGGGGAAGUGUGGCAAAGAGUGGGAGGUCAGCCAGAGCGAAGAUGUGAGGGAGGGAGAAGAAGAAGAAGGUAACCUGCAACAGUUGUGGGAUGGUGUUCCUGCUCAGAGAGAGAAAAACAAACCAACAACAUCAGCCUCCUUUUCUUCCCCGUCUGUCAGAUUUUACAAUGCCCAUCAUACGUUACCAGCCUCUAACCCUACGCUCCAGCCCUCUCCAUCACCCAGCCUAAUGUCACCUGUAGCUCCCUACCAGCAUCCAGUAUCAUCCCUCCUCCACACCACCUCCCUCCCUCCCCCAAACCUUCCAGCUAAUGAGCCUGAACACAUUGAUCGCCUCUUAGAGGAAGUAAUGAUGGGCCUUGACAUAUUACCAAACAAAACAAAACACCAAGACCGUGCCACUGUGCUCCUGGAGACAGGACCCAGACAUGUUGGUGGUGGUUCUGGUUCUGGAGGACGUGGCACCUCUGGCUCUUCAGGGCCUGUUCUGCAGCAGCAAGGAGAGGGGGAGCUGAAUGACAUGCUGGAGAACUUCCUUCAGUCCUUUGAGCAACAUGUUGAAAGCGCUCCCACCAGAGAAGAGAUGGAGAAAGAAGGUCCAGAGGAUGCACGGAGCAAAUACAUCAAAAAGAGGAUGGAUGAAGCAGAAAGUCUGCAGAGUUAUCUACAGCGGAGGAGGUCUUCUGCUGUUCCCCAGAAACCCGCUGAGGAAACAGCGACACAGGUCACAGCCCCACGAAAACGACGAAAGAGGAGAAGAAAGAACGAGUAUCCGUUGUCACUGGAGAAAAAGAGGGUGAGGGUGAGAGUGAGGAAGCCUGUGUCGUCAAGUGAAGCAAAGGACCAAACUAUCGCUGACCGAGGAGACAAGCAGCUUCUGCAGAUGCCUGUGGUGAAACUGGAGAGGAGUGGCGCAUUGCCAGCCAGAGUUACGCUGCAGGGACGCAGCUGUCAGAGUCUAGAAGAGUGUUCUACACCAACCAUCAGAAGUUCAUCUUUAGUGAAAGACCUACUUAAAAACUGGAAUACAAAGGUGUACCCAAUCAGGAGCAGGUUCAGGGAGGCCCACAUCAAGGACAGUAUGCCCUUUCUUCAUGAACCAGAUAACCAUCAGCCAACAACUGACAACCCCACUCCCAGGCAAAGCAGGCCCAAGAAAAAUAGGAAACGUUGCAGUUCAUCUACUAUGGAGAGUUCAAUGUCAACAGUUCAGCAGCAGCAGAGGCCUGUGGAUGAACUUGAAGAGGAAAAUCAAGAGAAUCGGGAAGAAGAAUUAAAUGUCCAGCCAAAUGAAGCAGGGGGACCCAGAAGGACAGGAGAGAAGAGGGGAGCAGAGUCAGAUGAGGAGACGAGCAGUGAUAUCACUGAAGCCAAGAGAUUCUGCUUUGAGCAGCCGACACUAACAACAAGCUCUGCGUGUGCUGAGUCAGCAGCCACACACAGAGAGGAGAUUAACAGUGUGGACACUAAUGUAGUAGAGUGUUUACAAAACAGAGAACUUGGAGACAAACUAAUGUGGAGAGAAGAUAGAUUGGAGGAGGAAGAGGUUGAUGUGGAUAGAGAUGAUGAAGAUGAUUGCCACCAGACAAUAAGAGCAUCUACUUCUGUUUCACCUCCCUCACACUCAAAAGAGGAGGCUGGCUUGGCCUCUACGGAGAGCUGCGAGGAGGACAUAGACAAGGACAUUGAUGUGAUCGGAGGCUCCAGUCCUGUCCCUGACCCAGUGGUCAUCAGCUGGUCGGAUUCUUUGGAAGGUGAGGAGGAAGAGGAAGAAGAGGAAGGAGACCAGGAUGUUGACGUUGUUGGAGAAAAGAUGGACUACACUCCAUCAGCACUUUUCACUGCAAUGAAUGGUGAGAUUGAAAAUAUAAGACUGAUAAGCUCUUAAACUAGAAUUUGAUUUAAGCUCAAGAGGCAGAUUAACAUUUUCUUUGGUACUCUUCUCAGGUGUAAGUCCCAGACAGCAGUCUUUAAAUUGUUUUAUUAUUGUUUCCCUGUAUAGAGAUGGUGGAGCCGCAGUGUUGACAUCCCGCCUCAUCUGCUAACCAAAACACACAUCUACCCAUAAACCUUAGCAGUAAAACAGGAAUGGUUAAUGACCUGCGCCCCAGUCAGUCAGAAGGGGGAGCUCCUGAUAGUUUGGCUUCAUGGUUGAGGAGAUGUCAUGAUGUUCUUCUUUUAUAAAGUCUGGUCACAACAGAAAGAUAAAUAUCUUUUCUUUUUCUAGUUUUUCUUCAGGUUUAGUUAUUCGUUUUAGUUUCCAGGAAAAAUUCUUGAAUCGGUUUUAUUCAGCUUAGAGCAGAAAGAUGAGGUUUCAUCAAAAUGUUUUAUGGGAUCAACACAUGUGCGAAGACGCUGACAAUCCCGUGAGGAAUUUUUGUUUUACUAUUCCACUGUUUAGGAAAAUAGAAGCUGUGAGAUGUUGGAUGUUUGGAUUAAAAGAAAAGAGCUGCAUCAUUAUGCAUUAAAACGGCUGGUGGAAUAUAACCAGUGGAUGAAAGACACAUGAUUGAGUACUGAGUUUAGCUGUUGCCUAGGAUUGUUUCAUUUUUGUACUUUUAGAUGUUUGGAUUUUAUGAGAAGACCUCAAAAGUUGUUACUGUGAAAGUUCAGUAUGUUGAGUUGGAGUUAUCAGAUAUGUUCAUCACCGUUGAACAGUUUAGAAAAAGAUUUCCUACAACAACAAUCAGGCUUAUGUACUGACAGGAAUCAGUGGUGUUUUAUUAGAUGUAAAUAAGACUAUGACUGUAUUGGUUGUAAGUAUAAUUGAUAUUGCCCCCCUUUGUUCCUUAACAAUCCAGGAACUCUCUUAUAGUUCUAGUUUUACUGUUGAGUUUGUGUUCUAUAAUGUUCCAUGUUACUCUGAUUUCUACAGUAAAAACAAUCCUCUCUAC